GUCCCCUCCUUCCCCUGUUUUUUGCCCUCUCCCUCUCUCUCCUUUCGUUUUCUUCUUCCUUCCCUUCUCUCUCUUCGUUUCUGGUGUUUUCUCUUUCAGCUGUCCUCGACGAACUCUGUCACCGCCACCGCCACCACCACGUUCUCCUCUGUUCUUCUACUCCUCCCCACCUCCAUCUCGCUCUUGUGUUUUCCCGUUUACCAGUCCACUGUUCUCACCAGGAGAUUUGACUCCAUGAAGAUGCCAGUAGCAUUGCUCCUGCUGCUGGCACUGAGCUGUGGAAUCCAAACGACGGCGGCCGGAGAAAGAGGAAGGAGUAGCAGCGAUGGGCAGUGCGAUCACAAGCCGAGCCUCGAGCCCAGGCCGCACAGCGUCUCGAUCUUGGAGUUCGGCGCCGUCGCCGACGGGAAAACGUUGAACACAAUCGCUUUCCAGAACGCCAUUUUCUACCUCAAGUCGUUUACCGAUAAGGGCGGCGCCCAGCUUUAUGUGCCCAAGGGGAAAUGGCUCACCGGCAGCUUCAAUCUCACUAGCCACCUCACUCUGUUCCUCGCCAAGGGCGCAACCAUUCUCGGAUCGCAGGAUCCAUCGCAUUGGGAUGUUGUUGAGCCAUUGCCAUCCUACGGCCGCGGAAUUGAGCUCCCUGGAGCAAGAUACAGGAGCUUGAUCAAUGGGUACAAGUUGCAGGACGUGGUGAUAACGGGGGACGAAGGAUCGAUCGACGGCCAGGGCAAGGUGUGGUGGGAUUGGUACAACGCGCAUUCGUUGAACUACAGCCGGCCUCAUCUCGUCGAGUUGGUUCAGUGCGAGGACAUCGUCGUCUCCAAUCUCACUUUCCUCAAUGCCCCUGCUUACAGCAUUCACCCCGUCUAUUGCAGCAACGUUCUUGUUCAGAACAUCUCAAUCUCAACUCCACCGGAAUCUCCUGGCACAGUCGGCAUAGUUCCAGAUUCAUCCAACAACAUAUGCAUAGAGGACAGCAGCAUCGAGACAGGGCACGACGCCAUAGCUCUGAAGAGCGGGUGGGACGAGUACGGCAUCAACUACGGCCGGCCGACGAUGCACGUCCACGUCCGUGACGUGACCCUCAAGUCGUCCGCCGGCGCCUGCAUCGCCCUUGGGAGCGAAAUGUCCGGCGGGAUCUCCGACGUGCAGGGCGACGACAUCCGAUUGCACGACUCUCUGGGCGGGAUCGAGCUGAGGACGACGCGUGGCAGGGGCGGAUACAUCGAGCGGGUGUUCUUCUCCGGCGUCGAGAUGGCAGGCGUCGAGGUCGGGUUGGUCGCGAGGGGCGACAUGGGCGAACAUCCGGACCAGGGGUUCGACCGUGGAGCGGUUCCCCUCGUCCGAGGGAUCACGUUCAGGGAUGUGGUCGGGUCGAAGGUCGGUCUGGCCGGGAAUUUCACCGGAGCGGAAGGGGUUGAGCUCGGUUCGAUCUGUCUGUUGAACGUGACUUUGGCUUCAGGGGAUCCGUGGGUUUGCUCGGGUGUUGAUGGGUUUUCGGAGAUUGUGUCUCCUGAACCGUGUCGGGAACUGGCGAAUUCGGAGAAGAGUUCUUCGUCGUGUUAUGACGUGAUGAAACAGUCUUAUGGGAGAUCAUUCAGUUUAUGAUUGAUGAUAUGAUGAUGAUAUAUAUAUACCAUUUUGUUUGUGGGUAAAUGGUGAUGGGAAAAGAACAGAAAACAAAAACAAAGAAGGGGGAAAAAGAAAUUUGGGAGUGUUGAAUUAUUAAGUCUAGGGCAGAUUCUUUUUCAAUAAGACCAUAGAGGAGAGCAAUUUGAUUUGUUUCUUUGGAGGGAUUUUCCUCUCCAAUGGUGUCUUUUUUCUCUUUUUCUUUUAUUUUUUUGUUCAUGUUUGGAGUCUCUGCAGAUGAUGAUUUGAUUCGUGUACAGCUUCCCCAAUUCUUCAUUCAUGGUGUAAGAAGGAAAUUUUUGGCAGUGAUUUCAUUCCACAGACUUUGGAAGAGACCAAAGAGAAGGAAAAAAAGAGCCAUUUGGAUUUUUGUGCUAUAAGUUCAUUGCUUGAUUGUGGCAAUGGUUCCACUCUCAAGUCUCAACUACUGGAUUGGAUGAAAAACACAUUCAUGAAUAGCAUCUUUCUCCCUUCUAGAUAAUAUCUUAUACAAUUAUAUCAUUUAUGUUAAUUGAUAUCAGAUGUGCUUGUUGCUAUGGUCGUACAAAAUAAUGCAU